CACAAUGCUUCUCCAGCUAUCGCUCUGCGUUGGGACGCUGUUCAUCUUAGUGACAGCAAAUGCAUCAAUCCCCAACGUCACCAUCACCAACUCCACCACUUCGAUACAUCAACUGAGCAGUGACCCUGAAUUUGCCUUCGCCCUUGAGACCUUUCUCUCUUUCAGCAAUGGCGGCGGUGCAUCUACUGGCGAAGUCCUUCGCGCAGCCUCCCAAAUUAUACCAGGAGACUACGAAAGCUUUUAUACAGAGUUCAAGUUCCUGGCGGACCAAAUAGCCCACCAGGCUACCUCUGUGGAUGCCACGAGGUUUCCCGUCUCUGCUCGCCAGGCGCAUCUCCGUGCUGCGACAUACUAUCGUGCAGCGGACUUCUUCCUUCAUGGAAACGCCUCCGAUCCCCGAAUUCUCACUCUUUGGUCCGCCAUGCUGGACAAUUAUGACACCGCAAUGAAGCUGCUGCCUGAGCCGCCACAGAAGGUGGAGCUCGACGGGGGCCGGUUCAAGAUCCCCGUGUACUUCUAUCCAGCCCCGAAACCGUCACAUGCCAACGUGACGGGCGGUAAAGGGAAACGAGUCCCCACGGUCGUGGUUGGAACCGGAUACGACGGAGCCCAGCAAGAUCUAUACCAUGCACAGGGGCAGGAGAUCCUCGCGCGCGGGUGGAACUUGGUCACGUACGAGGGGCCCGGACAGCCACAAGUGCGUCGUGAACAAAGCAUCGGCUUCAUCCCCGACUGGUGGAGUGUCAUCACCCCCAUCAUUGACUGGUUAAAGGAUCGUGACGAUGUUGACAUUGACCGGAUCGCGCUCGAGGGCGUCUCGUAUGGUGGCCAGUUAGCCCCUUUGGCAGCCUCCCGUGAACACCGUUUGGCUGCUGUCAUUGCACUGGAUGGUUGGCUUGAUCUUCGGGAGUCAAUCUUGCAGAAGUUUACACCACAGAUACGUCAAGUGUAUCAAAGUGGCAACGCGACGGCGUUCGAUGCGGCCAUCUGGGCGGCAUACAAGCUGCCAGGUAUGUCGCAGUUCAAGUGGAGCCUGGAACAGGGGCUGUGGGCUUUUGAUACCACUAGCCCGUUCGAAUGGCUUAAUAAAAUGGGACAGGCGGCUGUCAGCCAGGCGGUGCUGGACAACAUCACUUGUCCGGUGUUUGUUGCGUCGGGUGAGGAUGACGGUCUUGCGCCCGGUCAACCAGAGAUGAUGGCGCGUAUGCUUGGCGACAAGGCACAUUACCAUCUUUUCAAGACUAAUGUGGGUGCGGGAGAGCAUUGUGCCAUUGGGGCUGAGUCUCAGAUGGCACUAGCUACUCUGAACUGGUUGGACGAGGUUUUUGAGAACCAAACUUCGCAUUCCUCUUAGUGGCUACGAUUUGUGGGUACGUUGUUUCCCGAUGAGAAUGACGGGGUUUGUUUGCAUGUAAACGAUCAUCGCUGUUGAGAGCUAAAGCUGUAUUGUUAUUGGUG